CGCAGCGGCUGCUCCUUCCCGGCUCCAGCUUCUGCUGCUCACGCUCCUCCUCCCGCUCCGCACUCCCCCAGCCCGCCGCGGCCCGGUACCAACGUGGUCCCGCCAAGGGAGCCGUGGUGCCUCGUGCUCCCGGGACGGCGGUGGUGUGCGCUCGCGGCGCUUGGCACUAGGCAUGGCGAUGGAUCAAGUGAACGCGCUGUGCGAGCAGCUGGUGAAAGCGGUGACGGUCAUGAUGGACCCCAGCUCCACCCAGCGCUACCGGCUGGAAGCCCUCAAGUUUUGUGAAGAGUUUAAAGAAAAGUGCCCUGUCUGUGUCCCUUGUGGCUUGAAGUUGGCUGAAAAAACACAAAUUGCCAUCGUCAGACAUUUUGGUCUUCAGAUCCUGGAACACGUUGUCAAGUUUCGAUGGAACGGCAUGUCUCGAUUGGAGAAGGUCUAUCUGAAGAACAGUGUCAUGGAGCUGAUUGCAAAUGGAACAUUGAACAUUUUGGAAGAGGAGAACCAUAUUAAAGAUGUUCUAUCUCGAAUUGUAGUAGAAAUGAUCAAGCGAGAGUGGCCACAGCAUUGGCCUGACAUGUUAAUAGAAUUGGAUGCUCUUUCCAAACAAGAGGAAACACAGACAGAAUUAGUGAUGUUCAUCCUUUUGCGACUGGCAGAGGACGUAGUGACAUUUCAGACACUUCCCCAUCAAAGAAGAAGGGAUAUCCAGCAAACGUUAACCCAGAACAUGGAAAGGAUCUUCAGUUUUCUACUGAACACGCUUCAAGAAAAUGUAAACAAGUACCAGCAAGUGAAGACAGAUUCUUCUCAAGAGUCCAAGGCUCAAGCAAACUGUCGAGUAGCAGUUGCAGCAUUGAAUACUCUAGCAGGCUAUAUUGACUGGGUGUCUGUGAGUCACAUUACUGCUGAAAACUGUAAACUCCUGGAGAUGCUGUGCCUGCUUCUGAAUGAACAGGAACUUCAGUUGGGAGCAGCUGAGUGUCUUCUCAUUGCAGUCAGCAGAAAAGGCAAGUUGGAAGACCGGAAGCCCUUGAUGGUGUUAUUUGGAGAUGUUGCCAUGCAUUACAUACUCUCUGCUGCACAGAUUGCUGAUGGAGGAGGCUUGGUAGAAAAACACUAUGUCUUCCUGAAGAGACUCUGCCAGGUGUUGUGUGCACUGGGCAAUCAGCUGUGUGCAUUGCUGGGUGCAGAUUCUGAUGUAGAAACACCAGCGAACUUUGGGAAAUACCUGGAAUCUUUUCUUGCUUUCACAACUCACCCAAGUCAGUUUCUGCGCUCUUCAACUCAGAUGACUUGGGGAGCCCUUUUCCGUCAUGAGAUACUAUCUCGUGAUCCUUUGCUAUUACCAAUGAUACCGAAAUAUCUUCGUGCUUCUAUGACUAAUUUGGUCAAGAUGGGCUUUCCUUCUAAAACAGAUAGUCCCAGCUGUGAAUAUUCUCGAUUUGAUUUUGACAGCGACGAGGACUUCAAUGCUUUCUUCAAUUCCUCCCGGGCCCAACAAGGAGAGGUGAUGAGGUUGGCAUGUCGUUUGGAACCCAAGACUAGCUUCCAGAUGGCUGGGGAAUGGCUAAAGUAUCAGUUAUCAACUUCUGCUGAUGCUGGAUCCAUGAAUUCAUGUUCUCCUGCCACUGGAACUGGAGAAGGAAGCCUGUGCUCCAUCUUCUCCCCUUCAUUUGUGCAGUGGGAAGCCAUGACCUUUUUCUUGGAAAGUGUGAUCAACCAAAUGUUUCGGACAGUAGAUAGAGAGAAAAUUCCUGUUAAUGAUGGAAUAGAGUUGUUGCAGAUGGUCCUAAACUUUGACACCAAGGAUCCCCUCAUUCUGUCUUGUGUCCUCACUAACGUCUCAGCACUCUUUCCAUUUGUUACCUACACACCAGAAUUCCUGCCCCAGGUCUUCUCAAAGCUAUUUUCAUCUGUCACUUUUGAAACUGUUGAAGAAAGUAAGGCCCCCAGAACCCGGGCAGUAAGGAAUGUGAGGAGGCAUGCUUGUUCCUCUAUCAUCAAGAUGUGCCGUGACUACCCCCAGCUCGUGCUGCCUAAUUUUGACAUGCUUUAUAACCAUGUGAAGCAACUCCUCUCCAAUGAGCUACUUCUGACACAAAUGGAAAAGUGUGCCCUCAUGGAAGCCCUGGUUCUCAUUAGCAACCAAUUCAAGAACUAUGAGCGUCAGAAGGUGUUCCUAGAGGAGCUGAUGGCACCAGUGGCCACCAUCUGGCUUUCUGAAGACAUAUGCAGAGUGCUGUCAGAUGUUGAUGCUUUUAUUGCCUAUGUGGGUGCAGAUCAGAAGAGCUGUGACCCAGGCCUGGAGGAUCCCUGUGGCUUAAACCGUGCACGAAUGAGUUUUUGUGUAUAUAGCAUUCUGGGUGUUGUGAAACGAACUUGUUGGCCCACUGACCUAGAAGAGGCCAAAGCUGGGGGAUUUGUGGUGGGUUAUACACCAAGUGGAAAUCCAAUCUUCCGUAACCCCUGCACAGAGCAGAUUCUCAAACUUCUUGACAAUUUGCUUGCCCUAAUAAGAACCCACAAUACUUUAUACUCAACAGAAAUGCUAGCCAAAAUGGCAGAGCCUUUCACGAAAGCUCUGGAUAUGCUUGAAGCAGAAAAAUCUGCUAUAUUAGGAUUACCUCAGCCUCUCUUGGAACUCAAUGAUGCUCCUGUCUACAAAACGGUCUUGGAAAGAAUGCAGCGUUUCUUCUCCACUCUCUAUGAAAACUGUUUUCAUAUCCUAGGGAAGGCAGGCCCUUCCAUGCAGCAAGACUUCUAUACCGUGGAGGACCUUGCCACCCAGCUGCUCAGCUCAGCCUUCAUCAACUUGAACAAUAUUCCUGACUACCGACUCAGACCCAUGCUUCGGGUCUUUGUGAAGCCUCUGGUGCUCUUCUGUCCCCCAGAGCACUAUGAAGCCCUGGUAUCUCCCAUUCUUGGACCUCUUUUCACCUACCUCCACAUGAGGCUUUCCCAGAAAUGGCAAGUCAUCAACCAGAGGAGCCAGCUGUGUGGAGAAGAUGAGACUACAGAUGAAAAUCCAGAGUCUCAAGAGAUGCUGGAAGAACAACUGGUGAGGAUGUUAACUCGAGAAGUCAUGGACCUAAUCACGGUUUGCUGUGUUUCAAAGAGAGGUGCUGACCACAGUACUGCUCCCCCUGCAGAUGGAGAUGAUGAAGAGAUGAUGGCCACAGAUGGCCCCUCAGCCAUGGCAGAGCUCACAGAUCUGGGCAAAUGUCUGAUGAAGCAUGAGGAUGUUUGUACAGCGCUACUAAUUACAGCCUUCAACUCCUUGGCCUGGAAGGAUACUCUGUCCUGUCAGAGGACAACCACACAGCUCUGCUGGCCUCUCCUCAAACAAGUGCUGUCAGGGACGCUGCUCGCAGAUGCCGUUACAUGGCUUUUCACCAGUGUGCUGAAAGGCUUACAGACGCAUGGGCAGCACGACGGGUGCAUGGCUUCUCUGGUCCACCUGGCCUUCCAGAUAUAUGAAGCACUGCGCCCAAGGUACCUGGAGAUAAGAACUGUUAUGGAGCAAAUUCCUGAAAUACAGAAAGACUCUCUGGACCAGUUUGACUGCAAGCUUUUGAACCCCUCCCAGCAGAAAGUGGCUGACAAGCGCCGGAAGGACCAAUUUAAACGCCUCAUUGCUGGUUGCAUUGGGAAACCCUUGGGAGAGCAGUUCCGAAAAGAAGUUCACAUUAAGAAUCUUCCAUCACUUUUCAAAAAAACAAAGCCAAUGCUGGAGACAGAGGUGCUGGACAAUGACAUGGGCAGCCUCGCCACCAUCUUUGAACCCUGAAUCAAGCUUUUGGGCAUCCUUCCUGCCUUUAUCGUCAUCUCUUCUUCCCCUCCGUAGCUAAUGUCUAGGCCCUUCUCACACUGCCACCUCACUUCCCACCAUUGUCAGCCUGGAGAGAUCCGGGUCUGGAGCUAGAGAGAGUGGGCCUGUGCAGGGCCAGAAGUAAUUAUACUUAAGUAUCAAGAGAGGGAGUUAGGGCUUACACUGUUCUGUCUACAUGUCCCAGGUAGUUCCUAGUCUACUUGGAGUUUUGGCUUUUCCAAAAAAAGCUAGAGCAGAGCAGCCCUUCUCCCCAAGCCCUCCCACCUCCAUGCAGCCACACACCUAUGCAGAAUGGUAACUAGGGGUGCUGUACCCAACACUGCAACUAGCUGGGCUUGCGGCAAGGUAUCAGCCUUCACUUACUUGUGCCAGACUUUAUCCUGAACCACUCGCUACAAGUAUCCCUGAGCCCCCUUCUGCAGAGCUGGCAGCAAACCAUCCCCACUCCCUAGGGGCAUGCUUGGGUUGGGUACUAAGUGCUGAAGUAAAUUUGGCCAGUUCCCUCUACUUCAUUUUGGGCAAGAAUUUGGUCACCUGAUGGGAUCCGUGGUAUGGGCUACUGCUAAACUCUGGGCACGGUAUCAAGUGUAGAACCUCCAAGGACCAGAACUGGGCAGACUUUAGUGCUGACAUCCCCCUUGGACCUCACACAUCUUAUCCUUCCAUCAAUGACCCCUCAGUCUGCUUAGCCCCACCUUGGGGUACACUCAGGCAGAAGAGCCACAGUACCCUAUCUAAUGUCAUAUGACAGCAUUGUCAUCAAAGAAUAAUCCAGACUAGCUAGGCUGUAUCUGUGACAAAUAGCUAGCAAAGCAACUAUUCUCUUCCUAGGACUAUCUGAGUCCAGGUGCCUUCCAAAAUUUCAUGGGCCCUGGUUACUUUUCUCAAGGGCCAUUUCCAAAAGAAAAAAUAUGCUUUCCCAUCAUAACCUGUACUGAGUCCAUUCUAGAGGUCACUGGAAGGCCCUGUAAGCAGAGGACAUGGAUAUGGGCCCUAGCCCUGAGAUGAUUACUGGUGACCGUAAGACAGGAUUAUUCCAUACAGAGACCACAGAGUGGUCCAUGUACUCUAAACAGACAUGUCUGUCAUCUCUCUGAUCCCCUGACAAGAGGAUUUCAGUGAGAGCCAGAGUGGACUAAAGCUAUAACUUUUAGCUGGUGCAGGCUAUAGGCAGGGUUAAGGCUAGAAGGAAGCGAAGUAGGGAAGCACAGCUUAGGAGUCUCAUGUUGCAGCUCUCUGCUACCCAGACUUGCACCUGCUCUCUUCCUGUGUGGUGCUUGGGGUUUCUGUAGAUUGUGAAAGCGAUCUCAAAGAGUGUUUCCCUCCAAACUUGAUAGCUGCCUGCUCUUCUCUCUGGUUGGGGCUGUGGAGGGUGUAGUUAUAUUUAUUGUGUUGUAAUAUUUUUAACAUCCUGUGACUUCAUGCUAGAUAUUUUCUAUUGUUUAUAGAAACUUUUUGUAGAAACAUUAACUCUAAAGCACAUCUGCAUGUCAGUAAAAAUCUCAAUUUCAUACA